GGCUGGGCGGGCAGGGUGGGUCCCAGCGGACCGGGCAGCUCCGCAGCCAGAAGUUGGUGAGGGGCGUGAGGGGAGACAGACCCGAACUUGGGGUCCCUCAAACUUCCCUGCCCGAGGAAGCCGCCCCCGCGGCCGCGCCGCCGCUCCGCUCCUCUCCGCUCCUCUCCGCUCCUCUCCUCUCCUUGCAGAUGUCGGGGGUGCUGGUAAUCGCUGCCUGGUGCUUCCUGCAAGUGGAGAGCCGUCAUCCUGAAAUCAUCACGAGUAAUAGCAAUCAUGGCAAUUUCCUGGACAACGACAAAUGGCUGAGCACCGUUUCGCAGUACGAUAAAGACAAGUACUGGAACAAAUUCAGGGAUGAAGUUGAGGAUGAUUAUUUCAGAAACUGGAAUCCAAACAAGCCUUUUGAUCAAGCCCUUGAUCCAUCCAAAGAUCCUUGUUUGAAGGUGAAGUGCAGCCCACAUAAAGUGUGUGUCACUCAUGACUAUGAAACUGCUAUUUGUGUAAGCCGCAAGCAGCUGGUACACAGCCUUCGACAAAAGAAAGGAAACUUGGCUCAGAAGCACUGGGCUGGCCCAGCUAACAUUGCAAAGUGCAAGCCUUGCCCAAUGACACAUGCCAGCGCCGUCUGUGGGUCUGAUGGACAUACAUACACUACCAAGUGCAAGUUGGAGUUUCACGCGUGUACUUCUGGCAAAACCAUCACAACUCGAUGUGAAGGGCCCUGCCCCUGCCUUCCAGGACCUGAAAGUUCAAAACACAAGAUGGAGAAGACUGCUUGCACAGACAAAGAACUGAGGAAUCUCGCUUCCCGACUAAAAGACUGGUUCGGUGCUCUUCACGAGGACGCAAAUCGGGUCAUCAAACCAACAAGCUCGGAGACGGCACAAGGCAGAUUUGACACCAGCAUACUACCAAUCUGUAAGGAUUCCUUAGGCUGGAUGUUCAACAAACUUGACAUGAACUAUGACCUGCUGCUGGAUCCCUCGGAGAUCAGUGCCAUUUAUCUGGAUAAGUAUGAGCCAUGUGUCAAGCCUCUCUUCAACUCUUGCGACUCCUUCAAAGACGGAAAGCUUUCGAACAACGAGUGGUGCUACUGCUUCCAGAAGCCGAGCGGUCUUCCUUGCCAGAAUGAAAUGAAUAGAAUUCAAAAGCUAAGUAGAGGGAAGAGUCUGUUGGGUGCUUUCAUCCCACGGUGCAAUGAAGAAGGUUAUUACAAAGCCACGCAGUGCCAUGGCAGCACAGGGCAGUGCUGGUGUGUUGAUAAGUACGGGAAUGAGAUAGCUGGCUCAAGAAAGCAAGGGACAGUUAGCUGUGAAGAAGAGCAAGAAACCUCAGGGGAUUUUGGCAGUGGUGGAUCUGUUGUAUUGUUGGAUGAUUUGGAAGAGGAACCUGAAGCCGCAAAAAAAGACAAAGAAGGGAGACUGAAGAUUCAUGUAAGAGCAGCUAAUGAAGAUGAUGAAGAUGAAGAUGAUGAUAAGGAUGAUGAAAUUGGCUAUAUAUGGUAGUGCCCGUCAUAAUGAGGACUCACGUUUUGCACAAGAUGGCAAGUCACAUCAUAUCUCUGCCAUUGUAUCUGAGAGUACCUGGCACAAAUAUUCCCUCUCUAUUGAGUUUUAUUUUCUAUAUUCUAUUUAAUUUGAAAUACAACUUUUUUUUUUUUUUCCAGCAAGGACUGUUUGGAAUACAGCUUUUGUUCAGUUAGUUUGGGGGAUUUUUUUUUUUGUUCUAUCCACAGGGGCAAUUAAUUUUAUUUCAAAAACAUUUCAUGUCUUAAUCCACACUUGCACAGCUAAUGAAAUAUAUGUCCUGUGAAAGAAGAAUCACAGAAGGGGCUUGACAAACCAGUAAGGCUUAGAAGCCCUUCUCAUGUUAGAGAAUUUAUGUCAUAAAUUGUUACCUGGAUCACAUCAGAAACGGCAAUUUUUCUUUCAUGAAGAAGGAAAAGCAGUAGCCUCAUUUUCUUGUGCAUAUUUGUUACGUUCAAGUUAAGAGUAAUUCCUUUGGAUAGUGACUUCUGGCUGCCCAGUGCCAGGGGUUUAAUCAAGAAAGAAACCCAUUGGCAGGAUUUUCUCUUCCUUACAUUCUCUGAGAAUGAGUCCAACAGGCUUAGCCCAGCCCACCCUGAAGGCAAAGCUCCCGCCAGAGCGUAGAUCAGCUCACUGACGCUAUUUGGUUAAGGAACAUGGCCUUGAUCUUAAGGGAUGCUGAGAAGGUGCGGCUAUCACGGACCAAGCCCUACAGGCAGGGAACAGAGUCCGUCUGCCUUUCAAGGUGUUUAAGAGUGUUUUGUGAAUUUGUAGCAUCGUAACCACCUCCAUAACUGUUCCUCAGCUUCUGUCUGAACUCAUUUGCACUAACAUCGUGCAGGCUCUGCUGCUUGCUCACACACGAUGGAGCUGCCUGUUCUUACUCUUUAGCAAUCCCUCAUUCCAAAGUUAUAAAGCUGUCAAAGACAUUAACCAUCAAAACUAAUAAACUGUCGUUCCUUUAAUUUAAAUAGUUAAUAUUUAUUUGGCCUGUUUAAAAACGCAAGUUUAGGUGGUCAUGUUUCAAAAGCAGAACCCCUUUGCUCCGUGUGACAAGCUGCACACACGUAAUACGUACACAUAAAAAAAGAAUAGUAUUAAAAUACAACCUGUGAUUCCCUCAGCAUCUCCCAUAUAUUCACAGCUCUUCAACUGUAUCACAGCAUAUUGACAUUAAAUUAUUUGCUUUGUCCUUUCCCGUUGCAGUUCUCUCAUGCAGUAAUGCACUGUGGUGACCUUUUAUUAUUGUUGCUGGGUUUAGAAACAGUAAGAGGUACCUUACUCUUGCAUUAGGAUGCAGCUAUAAGUAUUUUAGCAGUGCCUGUGAUUUGCCUGUGAGUUAUUCUGCAGAAUGAAAAAUGUGCUUAUUACACAGAAAACUAAUUAGAUCAAUUUUUUUUUAUUUUUUUAUUUUUUUCCCCCUCUAAGUUAGUGUUGGCUAUGGAGGUGGAGACAGCAUGGAGUCAAAACAUGGCUGGUUACAUAUUUGCUUGAAAGCAGGAAAAUACCAUGCUAGGUGGCAGAAGUCUUUUUUUUUUUUUUUUCAGGACACUGGCCCAAGGGCUGUGGUCCUCAGUCCUCUCCAAAGUCAGUGCCCACCGCAGAGCCUGGCAGGGCUCUGCAGCCCCUCUCCCCCUCUGCGUAGGGCCUCUCUGCUUUCAGACAUGAUCAGGAAAGCAAUACAGAAGAGGAUCUCCUUUCAGACACCAUGUGUUGCAGGGGCUCGGUUGUUUUCUCCUCUUUCAUUUCCUAUUUAUCUAGAUCAAUGACCUGAGAACAAAGAGCAAGCCUGCAUAAUUUUUAUUGAUGCAGAAGGAUGUGUAAAAUCGUGAGGAAUUUGUUGUGUGUUGUUUCACGCCCCCACAUCCUCCCAGAAAUCUGCCAUCACAGUCAUUUUGCAAAAGCCGUGCAAUCUGCCCUGCCUCACAUCCCUUUAGCUUUUGAAAAUUUAUUUAAAAAUCAUUGUCCAUGAGCUGCACAGCACACACAUAUGCUUUUUCUGCUCGCCUUUCAUAGAAAAUUACGCUGAUUUGCGAGAGGAACAGAUACAACCAGCAUUUCUGUUUCCUUAAAUAGUAUGAUUUUGUGAGAAGCAACUGAACACCAUCAAUAGCUUGCUUCUCCAACGUGGUGGCUGGUUUCCUUCUGGUAUUUUAUUAAUUAAACCCAUACUCUGGGUCUAGCUCUGCCGUCUUGUGCAGAACCUGCCUGAAGCAGAGUUGCCCUUUCACUCUGACAUAAAACUGAGGGCCACAAUCAGUAGAGUUAUGCUUAUCCUCCUGACUGGACUCAUUCUCUACACAUAAAUGGUUUUUUUCUGCAGCCCUGUGUCCCUUUGCACUGGCUUAUCCUGAAAUGAUGCCUUACUUCAAAGGCCACAUAGUAAAUCCCUUCUCCCGCCCAGCACCUCACCAGGGUAAAGCCUGUCGAACCAAGCCCUUGCAGACAGCUCCAGGGUCCAAGGCUGCAGCCCUUCUGUGUCACGUGCAAACAUGCAAGAGGGUUAAAUAAAAGCUGUUAAAUAAGCCUUUAAAAGUGAACGUGGACAUCCUUCAGUUUACGUGAGCAGCCACACCACCACCAUCCAUUUCUCAAUACCAUUGAUCCUCUCCUAGAUGUAAUCUCUCACAUGCAGCUAUUCCAAAUGAGAACUGGCAGGUUUUCUAUCUUUAUCUUAGACUAUAAAACAAUUACUGUCUCUCAGACUCACUAACUCAAACAUGCUGCGGGUCCCAGUCAAACGCUCUGUGCCCAGCCCAGACAGGCUAGAGAGCACUUUGGAUGACCCCGGUAGCACAUUUCCCUUCGCACAGAAACAAA